UCCUGUCGAAUUGGAACUCGAUAUCUCGAAAGAUACUUUACCUACCUCUUUGCCGUAUUGAUAAUUUCCAUUUUAGGAAAUCGUAUUGCUAUGUAUUUAGUAUGCUUCACAAGAAACCAAAAAGAUCUUUUUCUGUAUUCAAAUCAGUUAAGAUAGUUAUCUUUCUCGAAGCUGCAUGUUUUGUUGGAUCAUAUGCAUUAUGGUCCUAUAUGAAUAAGUCUCAAGAUUGCAGGUAUUUUAUGUAUCAGCACUUUCCAUCCAUAUUAAGUGGUUAUUACUAUCUUUAUGAAAAAACAUAUAAGGACAAUAAACUAAAAUUGUUGGAUCUCUCGUUGUGGGAAAGUCAACAAAAUGAAUCUUAAAUUUUGUGAAAUUAAGACUUCCUACAUCCUUAAUAGGUAGUGGUGGCUUAAAAUAUAUUUAAAAAGAAAAAAGAAAGUUUUUGCCUAAAAAAUCAAAAAUAGUAUCUAUACAUCAAUAUGGACUCUCCUACUCUCAUAGAAGGCAACUUGCCAGAUCGUAUUACCAAAAGAGAUCGGGAAAGGAAGAAUAUCAUUGAGAGACGAAGAGAAGAAAGGCAAUCUUUAGCUGUUGAAUCUGAACAAAGCAGUUAUUUUAAAGACACUUUUUACUCGUCAUGCAAGAAGGUUAAAGAAAUGUUGGAUAAUGCACCUAGUGCACCUACAUCAGCUCUUCCUGGAAUGUUUGACAAGAUAAAUAAGGAAAUUUUAAUGCUUAAGAAUUAUUUGUCACAAUCAAAAAUGUUUUUAAAAGUUUAUGACAUUAGAAGAGCACAAGAAAAUUUACAGGUAUUGGAAAAUGAAGCUUCUGAUUUGGAAUUGAAAUUAUUACCUAAGAAGAAAUUUGGAUUUAAAAACCGAAGAGUUGUGAAAAAAACUUCUGAGAAAACACAUGAUGUAACAGAUGGUCUGAAAGAUUUAAAAAUAUCAGAAGGAAUUGUAAAUGGUUCUACUAAGCAAAAUUACAAAUUGUCGAGCAAAUAUGGAGAUAGUGCGUGUAUGCUCUUGGGAAAAGUUGAUGAACAAUUAGUUUUAGAUGCUGAAAACGUAAAUAAGAAUGAUGUUCUACUUUCCGAUUUAAUUCGAUGUACGAUACGAAUUUAUGGUACACCUAGUACUUUGCAUAUGGUAAACUUAAAACAGUGUACUGUGUUAGUUGGACCAGUAACAUCUUCUGUAUUUGCUCAUGAUUGUAAUGAAUGUGUAUUUGCUUUGGCGUGUCAACAACUUCGAUUACAUUCUUCAACAGACUGUACUAUUUAUUUACAUGUUACAAGCAGAGCAAUCAUAGAAGAUUGUACAAAAAUACGCGUUGCACCUUAUAAUUGGUCUUACGAAGAUCAAGCGAAUCACUUUAAUCUGGCAGGUCUGGAUCCAAAAAUAAAUAAUUGGAAUUGUAUCGAUGACUUUAAUUGGUUAUCUAAUGAAAAGCAUUCACCAAAUUGGAGUAUACUUGAUCCUGAAUUACGUGUUAAAAGUUGGGAUUGAUAGAUAUGAACAAAAUAAAUUACAAAAUUAAAUAUUCAGUUUACAAAAUACCGUUUCUUCAAUGUGAAAUACUUUUGUUAAUUUCUUUAUCUGCAUACUUCGCUUUUUCACAAAAAUUGUACUAUACGAGCGUUUUGUAUACUUACAAAAU